AUGGAUACUGCAAAUACAACCGUGGGUCCAAAAUUGAACACGUCAUCAGAAUUUGACAACUACACAACUAGAAAUCCGUUGAAUACGUUCCAACGUAAUUCAACAGAUACUGUGACAGACGAUGAAAUUGAACGUCUCUCUAUAACGAUGAGUAAGAUUCAAACAGUGCUAUGCCCGACGCUGUUCAUAGUGGGCAUACUCGGCAAUUGUUUUGUGAUUUCCACGGUGUCACAUGGCCAGUUCCGGCACAUGACCGUGCGGAUAAUACUGCUUGCCUUGGCUCUCUCGGAUUGCCUGCUUCUGUCAACAAAUCCCUUCAACCAGAGGUUCAUGCAAGACGUUAUGGGGAGAGAUGUGAGAGCCGUCCAUGCAGUGACAUGUAAGGUGUUCUUCACUGUGUACAGGCUUGGGAAAACGACAUCUUCAUGGUUUGUGGUGAUGAUUGCUGUGGAGAGAUUCGUUGCUGUUCUGUUUCCUCUGAAGGUUAAAACUGUAGUGACCAAGAGGAACAUCGUUGUUGCAGUUGCGUCUGUGUAUGGCGUCAUCCUGAUUCUACACAGCGUGUGGACUGUCACAACAGACAUCAAUGAUCUUGGAAUAUGUGUGCCCGACUACCUUACACCAGAGACUAAGGUGUUCCAUAAGACUAUGACAGUAAUCGCUGUAUCGUUUUACUCUCUGAUUCCAUUGACGAUUCUCUUGUUUGUGACGCCCCCGAUAAUUGUGAAACUUCUACGACUGCAUGGGGUACGACAAAGGUUGAACUCGAAUCGGGGUGACAGCCGUGCAGAUAUAUCCAGGGCGUCUGCCAUGCUUAUUACUGUGGUGUUGGCUUACGUUGUAUGGUGUUUCUCUGACUGGAUCGCUCUCCGGGACGAGGGACAACGUCUCUUCAGUCAACGGUUCUUCUACAGUGUUUUCCUCCGCAUUUGA